AUGUGCGGCCACAGCAAUGGCCUAAUGUACCAUCAGAAGCAAUGCAAGGCGACAAUGGCAUUGAGGAUUUUUAACAUGGAAUCUUCACAGCCGAUUGAGGACCAUCCCGAGCUGUGGCACCCCCUCGAGACUGUCCUGGGCAAUUGGAUCCACAUGAUCCAGCUAGGCAAGAUCACAGCCACCCCAGAAGAAACUGAUUGCGAGAAGCAGGGACUAUGGGCAUGGCAUUCGUAUGGCGAAGCACAGAUCGACAACACCGUCGCCGCGUUUGACCGACUCGUGGAGGCGAUCGAGUCCCGUAUGCCAGCAGAGUCGCCCGCGAAGCCUUUGUUUCAAGCCAAGUAUUCACCACUGUGGACACCUCCUCCGAUGACGAUUAUGAUGACAAGGUGA